CGUUCUCAUCCUCUGCGGUCGAUACAUGUAAUGCGAUUUGCCAGUUUCCCAAUUUCAUGGAAAGAGUAUGAGAUCGUAGAGCGUUCUGGCGCGCGGACUCUGAGGUUAUUCGACGUCGCGGCAUUGAGGCAACAUGAUUAAUCGGUUUGCCUGAGAGUCUUUCCUUUCUCGGAUUCACCGCAACUCAGGCCACACACGCACCACACUCACCACACUCACCUCACCUUCUCACCCAGGGGGUCCCCUCACCACAACUGCCCGCCCGUCGGGAGAUGAACAAUCUAGACGACGACACGCCCGGUUCGGGCGAUGACUGGGAAAUCACCCUUUCGCCUUCCAUCUCCUCACUUUCCUCUUUUGCGCCAGAAGACUAUUCGUUUCCGCUACAACAGCACCUGCAGCUCGCAGCGCAGCGGCCAGAGGCGAGCCUUACCCGAAGUCCAUCACCACUGCGGCCCUCGCCUCCACAACAGCCACAACGAGAACAACAGCAGCAACAACCGCAACAACCGCAGCAACAACAAUCGCGGCAACAACAACAACAACAACAACAAGAACAGGAACAACAACAGUCACAAUCACAACACCAUGACUACCAAUCUCGGGGGGAUCAGUCCCAAUUUCAAAUUCACGAUCAUUCCCGCCAAAAGCAGCGUACCCCGCCUCUUAAGGGCCCAAUCCAUCAACCUCGCACCACCACCACACAAGCGCAGGUCUCUAUCCCUGUCCCUAACCUGCACACCCCACCACCCACCUCCCCGCGCCGCAAACCAGGCGGUCUGCUCUUCAACCGCUCGUCAUUAUCAUCCCCAUCCGCAGCCGCCAUGAGCGCCGGUGCCGGUACCAGUGCCGGUGCCGGUGCGUCACGCACCGCCAUCACCUCCCCCACGCACCCCGGCAGUAAUAGCAGCAACAGCAACAACAACAACAACAGCAGCAUCAGCAGCAGCAGCAGCAGCAGUAACAGUCGCAGCCACAGCCGCAGCAGCAGCCGCGCCGACAGCGCCCUCAGCCAGCGCAGUGGCGCCAGCCUGCGCCUCCUCACCGGCCGGGGCACGGGUACCAGUGUCGGCUUGGGUGCAGGCUUGCCCGUGUCCCCUCUUCAUUCUUCCGCUUCGGGGCUGCUGCAUCGCCGCGGCGGCAGCGGUAUGGGGCAGAAGUCAGCCUCCGGAUCCGGGUCCGGGUUCUCGCCCUUACGGCCCCGACCUCCCGCCGCAGUGGGCGAUCGGGAAGGGGAGGAAGCAUGGAAAAGGGAGGAGGAAAGGGAAAGUGAAAGGGGGAAAGGAGAGGAGGGAGCAAGCCCGAGUCGCAGCUUCGAUUCCGGGUUAAGUCAGGGGUGGAGCGAUCUGGGCGGUGGUGAGGUCGAAGAGGUGGCCGACGUGGAAGGGGAGGGGGAUGAUCAGGAUCAGGACGGGGCCAGCAGCAGCCAAAGGCACAGCUGGGAUAGCGUCGCAACUUUGAGGGGGGAAGGCCCCCGAGUCCGGUUCUACGUGCACGACAAAGACAGCGACACGGAUGAUGAGGGCGACGGGUCGAAUACUACCCGUGUUGGAGAGGGCUCCGACGGGUAUAAGGACGGCCAAGAGUAUGGCGCUUUCCAGGAACGAAAGGGUCUUCGGGAGGUCCGGCCCCAAACCGACUACGCCGACUCCUUGAAGUACGCAAGGUCCACGGAAAAAGAAUAUGGAAACUUUCGUGGGUCUGCUCACGAGACAACAACGGACACGCAAAGCAAACACGAAGAUCGCCGCGGAAACGAGCGCCCUUGCGAUGAGAAUGCUCGCCGUGAGGAUGGACAGCAGGCCCGGGGGACGGAUACCACGGGUCUCAGGAAAGAGAUGGAUAAUGAGGACGACGGCCGAGUUGACGAUGCGAAGCUUCACGAACAACGAAGAUGGAGUGAAGCUCGGGAUGUGAAUCAGGACAUGGUAGAGAGGACCCAGGAGACCGAAGAGGACACUCUUCCGCCGGGCAGAGUCAUGCUUAUGGAGCGGCUAUGCGAUAUAGUACAGAAGCUUUCCUCGGUCAGAGUGGGCGGCGGCAUGGAGGACGACGUCCUUGACGUCCUGAAUGGCAAGGUGGACGAGAUGGAGGAACUCUUGGCGCUGGCGGAGGAGACGGCCGAAGCCGAAGCCACGGCGGAAAUUGAGGCGCUGGCCAGAGCCGGGCUCCGAGCAGAAGCGGAAGCCGAAGAGGAUGCGGCAGUCAGAGAGGAAGCGAGAGUCGAAGAGGAAGGGGAAGCCAAAGAGGAAGGGGAAGCCAAAGAGGGAGGGGAAGUCAAGGAAGAAGCGGAAGCGAAGGAGGAAGCGAAAGCCAAGGAGGAAAGGGAUGUUACCCCCGACGCCGGAACACCCAGGCAAAAGGAUGAGGUGAAGACGCAAGGGGAGGGCGAAGGGCCCAAGGAACAGGCGCAGGCCGGUUCUGGAGACGACAACAUCAAGGCUAGCAGCACGCCGUCUGCCACGCUCCCGGUACCAUCGCUCCGGAUCGGGGACCAGGAUAUCCGUGACCUGACGAGCCCUCUCCCGUGGCUCAGCUCCACCUUGAAAUACUACUCGGAACUGUCGAUAUCGCCGAUAUACUCGCCGCCCGAGCUCGCGGCGGCCACCAACGAGGCCCUUGAGGCGGCCAAGCAGGCGGCCCAAGCCCAAGCUGAGAUGGCCGAGCGGGUGGCGCACGAGGCAGAAAGGCUGAACCGCGAGCUGGCCAAGGUCGUCAAGAGGCUUCAGGCCCGAAAGGAAGAGUCCGACCACCUUCACGCCUUGCUCGUCGAGCGCGCCGAGGCGGCCGCGGCGCGCAUCCUGGACCUCGAGAAGGAGGUCUCCGACCUGGAAGACGACAUCCUGGCGAACGAGUCGGAGCUGCGGCACCUGCGGCUCAAGAUCCGGGCGGUCGAGACGAUGUGCUACGAGGUGGCGCGGCCGGACGCGGUCGACCCGGAGCUGGUGCGCUGCAUCGAGAACUGGAAGGCCGACUGGGUCCUGGUGCGCGACCGCAUGCUGGAGCGCAAGAAGGGCCGCCGCGAGCGCCGCGCCCGCCUCCACCGCCCCGGCUGCGUCAUCGGCUCGCUCGAGGAGCGCGAGAACGACAUGAUGAUGACGACCACGACGGCCACGACGACCAUCACUAGCCUCGGCGCGCUCUCCAUGUCGGCGUCGUUGCUUGGGCUGGGCGGUCUGAAGAGCCCCAGGAAGGGGGUAAGGUCAUAAGAAACCGGGAACGAAUGAACGAAUAUGACGCAGUCUGGAGAGUGGCUGGCUUCUGGCAUGUAAGCAAGAAGGAG